GCUGCGGCGGCCGACGGCCGGGCGCCGCCGCCGCAGCUGUUCGACCGCUUCGGGAGGCCCGCCGAGGUCGUGUUCUGCCCGAGGGGCGGCCGUUGGCGACUGCGGGACUUCUACGAGCUGCUCGUCGCCUGCCGCAGCGAGCCGCCCCUGGCGGCCGCGGGGCCACUCGGGGCGCGG